AUGUCUUCAAAUUUGAAUUCACACUUAAAAACGAUAAAAUCAAAGGAAUCAAAUCCCGAUCUAUUAAAGUUGAUACAAGAAAGACAGAAAAAGCAAAAUAAGAGUAAAAAACCAUUUAAACUAUUAGCAGCACUACUUCUUUAUCCAAUGCUAGCAAAAACAUUCCUACAAAAUCUUAAGAAACCAAAGAUAGGAGAGUCUCUUCAAGUGUUAAGACUCUUUUCAAUAGUAGCAAUUUUACUUGGAUUACUCUGUUAUGUAAUUAAAGUAUUUUACAUUCCAAUUAAUAAUAUUUUAAUAAAAUAA